CAUGUCUAUUGGUCAUGUGAUGGAUACAGGAAAAGAGAGGAUGGAUACCUUGAACCUGAUGGGCCGAAAAGCAAUUUUGCAGAUCAGGAGCGGAUUUUUAAAGAUAUUGGAGAAGAUUUGCUAAAUCAUUUAUGGGAAGGGUACAACUGUACACUUUUUGCUUACGGACAAACAGGAAGUGGAAAAUCAUAUUCUCUAAUGGAGCGCGGGGUCAACAAAGGAUUACUAGCUAGAAUAAAUCUAGCCAUCUUUGAUAAAAUCAAAAGAAAUAACACCGAGAAUAUUGAAUACCAGGUGUCAUUUAGCAUGAUGGAAAUAUACAAUGAGAAUGCAUAUGAUUUAUUAGUGAAGGGAGAUCAGAGACCCAGACUUAGGAUAGUGGAUAAUAAAGCUGUCAAUCUCAAACUUGUUCCUGUUGCAAACCCAGAGGAGUUGGACGGUCAUUUACAUAUUGGCUACAAAAAAAGGUCCAUUGCAACCACAAAAAUGAAUCAACAGAGUAGCAGAGCACACACGAUCGUCACAAUAUACGUUAAAAAAUUUGAUGCAGCAGAAAAGACUCAACUCUCAUCUCAAAUUAAUGUUGUUGAUUUGGCUGGAAGCGAGAGAGCUGCCAAGUCUGGCACAGGAGGAACACAACUUGUUGAAGGUGGAAAAAUCAACACAUCGCUUCUAGUGCUCGGGAAAGUUAUUAGAAGCUUCGCCGAAAAAACUAAGAAAAUCCCAGUAAGUCACAGAGAAUCAAAACUCACUUUGUUACUAAAAGAUUCCAUAGGAGGAAAUAGCAAAACCGUUAUGUUGGCUACUGUCAGUCCAUCGUUGUCUAAUCGUCAAGAAACAAGGAGUACCCUUAGUUUUGCAUUAAAUGUAACCGUUAUUACAAACACGUCGAAGGUAAAUACAAUCGAACGUCUUGAGGAUCAGCAUGUCGAGGAUCUACUAGAGAAAUUACAAAGAACAAAAGAUGCUUUUGCAAAAGCUGAGAUGCAACACAAAGAUAUAGUACAAAAUUUACAGAAAGAAAUAGAAGAUCUACGUGCAGAAACUCCAGAACCUGUAUCGACUGAUGACCAAAAAAUGAAUACAGUUCCUCAUUUAUUGAACUUAAAUGAAGAUCACAUGCUGUCCAAAGUUAUCCGAUAUUUAUUGGAAGAUGGCAAAAAGGUGGCAUCAAUCAUACAUAAAAAUGGAAAUAUUAUUUUGGAAACCUUUGAAGAAAAUGCGGUAGCUAUAAACGGCAGAAGAACAAAGGGAUCAGAAAGUAUUCUCAUCAAACAUAAAGACAGGUUAAUGCUUGGAAAUACACGCGCUCUAUAUGUCUUUGUGGAUCCAUCACAGGAUAAUUCCAGUUUAGAUGACAUCACGUUUGAAAUGGCUUUGGAUGAAAUACUAUCUCGUUCAGACAUUGAGCAGACAAUAGCACCUGAUGAGAUAGCUUUAAGAUUGAAGGUGACAAGAAGAGAGGAAGAAGUGAGGGAAGCUAAUGCCAAAGCUGUGCUAUUGAACAAACCAUUGAAAUUUCACCUACAAUUAACCAGCGCAUAUUUUUUAGGACUAAAUGAUCGAUCACAAAUUGUUAUUGUUAAAGUGCUGAAUUUGAAGAACAACUGCAGGUAUAUUUUGACAGAAAAUGAAUUUAGCGACAAAAUAGCUGCUAUAAAUGACUAUGACGAGAAGCAGGGAGAAGAGGGUGUUAUUGACCCUUUUCUAAUCGAUCCCAGUUCGACCUAUACACCCAUAGGGAUAGGAUUUGCUCGUAUUCAGUCGCUUGCCUCUAAUCAAGGUGUUAGUGCUAAAAUACCUUGUGUGAAUGAACUGUCUCAGAGAAUCGGGAAGAUGCAAAUUACAAUUGAAAUUUGCUCCAAUAACUGGAGUGUUGAAAGACUUCCACAGAGAAUCCAGGAGGAAAAAUUGGUAUGA